AUGCAGUAUGUCUAUCUCUAUGCAAAAAAGCAUCUUGCAAUUAAUGCAUUUUCUAAUUUAGUUGAAUUAGUAAAUCUUCAAGAAAAAAAUAAGACCGAAUUAGUAUUUGAUCAACCUCUAAUUACGCUUUUACCACCAUCUUUUGGUCUAAAAAAAGAUUUGAUUAUAUCUGAUAAUCCAAGCAAUCAAACAAAUUAUAGUACAUAUAAAAAUCCAAUGGCAAGUGCAGAAUUUUUACAUGCUAUUGCAACAGUAAUUGAAGAAUCAGUUUUAAAUGAGAUUCAUAAAUCAUCAUCUUAG